GCAGUGUACAAUGUCGGACAUAUAGUGAAAACAUAACAUAAACGGCAAAAAAAUGGCGGCGAAGAGAAUCGGGGUGGUGGGCGGUGGCCAAAUGGGAUCGGGAAUAGCCCAAGUGGCGGCGAUGCAUGGGAUCGACGUUUGGCUCCUUGAUGUUGAUCCUCAAGCUCUUUCCAGAGCAGAGUCCUCCAUCUCUGCUUCCAUCAACCGUCUUGUUUCCAGAAACCACCUCUCUCAGGGUGUAGGUACUGAUGCUUUGAAACGUCUGCGGUUUACCUCAAAUUUGGAAGAGUUCCAUAUGGCUGAUUUUAUUAUUGAAGCCAUUGUAGAAUCUGAAGAUAUAAAGAAAACUUUAUUUGUUCAACUAGACAAGAUUGCUAAGAGUUCUGCAAUUUUGGCAUCAAACACAAGUUCUAUCUCUGUGACUCGUCUAGCAUCUUCUACAAGCAGGCCUAGUCAGGUGAUAGGAAUGCAUUUUAUGAAUCCUCCUCAUGUGAUGAAAUUGAUUGAGAUUGUGCGAGGUGCAGACACUUCUGAUGAGACAUUUGCUGCUACAAAAGCAUUAUCAGAGAGGCUUGGCAAGACAGUAAUAACCUCCCAGGAUUAUUCAGGCUUCAUAGUAAAUCGUAUCCUUAUGCCUAUGAUAAACGAAGCAUUUUUUGCACUCUACACUGGUGUUGCAACCAAAGAGGAUAUUGAUACAGGAAUGAAGCUGGGUACUAACCAUCCAAUGGGUCCUUUAGAGCUUGCAGACUUCAUUGGAUUGGAUGUGUGCUUGUCAAUAAUGAAAGUUCUUCAUGCUGGUCUUGGGGACAAUAAAUAUGCACCCUGCCCUCUACUUGUGCAGUAUGUUGAUGCUGGCAAACUUGGAAGAAAACGAGGUUUUGGUGUAUAUGACUAUCGAAAAGAGCCAAGGUCUAUAAAAUCACCUUCUCGACUCUAAAAUGUUUGGUUUCCUUGAUAGAGUAAGUUUGAAAAACCCCAUGUGAAAUAUAGUUUUAAUAGCUGAAGGCUAUUGUGAUAAGACUAAUUUAUACAGAAGGACAUGGAUACAAAAUAAUUGUAAGAACUAUAUAGAUCAAGAUGCUGUAUUGGCAAGAGCGUGACAGUGAAAGUUCGAUAGGUUCAUGUUGCAAAUUAUUUAGAUUAAUUCAGAAACAGAUCAAGAAGGAUUAUCACUAGUUGAAUUGGUGAUCAUAACUAAAAUCAAACUUGAGCCUAGUGAAACUAGUGUUCAAUUAUCCAGGCCCAGAACAGUGCAUAAGAAGUGUGCUGUGUAGUGUA